GUUUUUAUUCACCGUUUGCUUUUUUUGCUUUUCAUAUGACUUAUUUCAAGGUUGUAAUAUUUGUAUAUUUCUUGUGUCGCAGCUUUAGUAUAAAUUUUUCAAAAUUUUAUAUAUAGUUAAAAGAAAUUUAAUAUGCACAUAUGUAUGUAUCCAAGCGUCUUGUCCAACUAUGCAAUUUAUCUUGAUUGCCUGCAGUGGAAGAUAGUACGCAUAAGGUAAAAUCUAAAAACACUUAAACAUACAUAUCAAUUGCAGUGUAAGUGGUUACCAGGAUAAGGUAAAAUCUAAAAUUACUUAAAGAUAUAUACAUAUGUGCAUCUUCAUAAGUUACAUAUUGCAUACUAUAAUACAGAAGCCAAAAUAUUAGAUGUUCGAUGAAUGAAUGAAGAAUUAAUGAAACAUUAUAGUAUGUGAAAAGAAAAAAUUUUUAAAUCAAAAUUUUUCACUAGCACUAUGGAAUUUUUUUUCCAUAAUUAACCACAUGUGCUUGAACCACUCGGACAAAUCGAGAACAGUUAGUACGUUUUUAUACAAUUGCCCAAAAAGCUUGUGCUUUGCUUGACAUUGUAUUACGUAUGAUAUUACACAACUAAAAUAUUUUUGCCAAACUUUCACUUCUCUUUCAAAAUGUUUUAUUCCCACUUAACACGACAAAAAUUGUAAUCGGAUGUAAGUAGUAGGUACCUACCUAUUUACAUACAUUUAAUCUUCAGUAACAUUUUAACAACCGUGCUAAAUACACCAUAAAAUUUUAACAAUUUCCUUUUAAAUAGUUUUUUUUUCGUUAAAAAUAUUUGAAUCAAUAAAAUGUUAUUUAUUUUCGUUUUAAAUUUUUUGAUGCUCUCGGAACUAUCGACGCUUGUUCUAUGCCAGGAGCCAGUUUUUGAUAUCCCAGUUCAACUUGUAGGUUUUCCUGUAAUAGCUUUGUCAGUUAGAUUAGCAAAUUUUGCAAAAAAAUUAAUGUACUCGCUUAAUCCAGGUACAUACAAAACAAUAUCAAAGCGAAGUUAUGAAAAACAUGCGCCCUUUAUAUUUCAAAUAAAAACAAAUAUAAUUGAAGAAUUUGGAGAAGAUUCAUGCGUAGAAAAUGCAACUUGUGAAAGCUAUGCGAUGCAAGAAGAGCCAUCUUUAGAGUCUCUUUUUUCAGUGGUGUUAAGAAUGCAUCAAGAAAAUAUGAGUAAUCAAAAUAGAUCGCGUUUACUGUCCAGUAUUAUAGGAAGUUUAACAAAAGAUUCACAUUUGUGUUCUGCUCUUGGGGAAGUGCUGCCAUGUAAAAGUAAAUAUCCGAAAACCAUAAAAUAUUAAGUAAACCAUAAAAUUAAGUAUUUUGUAGUUAAUUCUAAUAAUAUGUAAAUAAAGAAAUUUUGUGGU